AUGCAAUACUUUUGGCCUUCUUUUGCGUUCGCCCUACUGUUGGCGGCGCCCUCUAUAGCUCAAGGUCCCUUCCCUGGACUGUUUGGGGGCGGUGGGGGCGGUCCCAUGCCUUUCGGUCUACCCGGACAAUACGGCGGAGCCCCGCCCUCUGCAGCAAGCUUCGCCGGCUUCAAUCCCUUCGGAGGAGCAGGCGGCGCCCUGUCUCUCGGAGGCGGAGCAUCGCUAGGGGGUGGAGCUUACGGAUCCCCCUUCGGAGGAGCCGCUCCCUCUUUUGGCGGACCCGUAGGUCUUUCAGUCAGUCCUUACGGAGGAGCUGGAGGAUCCCCCUAUGGAGGAGCUGGAGGAUCCCCCUACGGAGGAGCUGGAGGAUCUCCCUACGGAGGCGGCGGAUCCAGCUCCUACAGUCCUAGCGGAUUCUCUGGUGGAGCUGGUGGACAGAGCGGAUACUCCUUCCAAGGAAUCGGAUCCUUCGGCGAAGGUGGCUCCUCUCCCUUGUAA